UAAAGCUUAUCAAAACACAUUAUGAUGUUUCUUUUGGCAGAAAGACAUGCUGAAUCAUUGCUUGACAUUUGUCAUGAUACAAACUCUUCUCCAACUGAUACGAUAACAGUUACCAAAAAUCAAAACAUAACCUUGCAAAGCCUCAGCAGCAGUGAGGAGUUUGACCAAGAUGACGACUGUAGUCAUUCCAUAUUGGUUCGUGAAGGAGAUUCAAGUGGUGAUACACAAGGCUGGCCACCCAGGACAGAAGGUGUUGAGAUUAUUGUUACUUUUCCAAGAGAUGCCAUUCAUUCCCAAGAAAAGAGCCAAGAAGAGUCAAAAGAAAACAAUCAGAUAACCUCAGCACAUCAAAAAUGGACAAGAGCACAGUCUGCUUCUCUCCCAAAUGAAAUCGAGAUGGCGGACCUGAGGACACAGACGCUGGCCAUGCAGACUUUCCUCCGGGAAAAAGAGGAAAGUUCCAAGGAGGUCUGCGAUGUGAACUUGGACUUUUUGUUGCCAAGAGCUUGCUUAGAACCAAGCAGCUCCAAGUCUGUAACCAGAGAAGAUGUUCUUCACUUUCCAAAAGGGCAGCAAAGAAAAUCUGAAGAGAUUUCUACCUCUGUUAUGCAGCACAGUAGCAGAAGAAUAGAGUUCCCUCUGCCACCAUUGUCACUCUUGCCCAGGAGACCUGGUCUCCUUACUAUCCCACAAGAUCACAAGGCUCAUAAAGAGAGAAAAAAACACAUUCCAAGCCUCCUAUCCUUUGUACCUAAGAUCUUAGAGCCCACUAGUCAAUCUGAUGAGUUUAGACCAUCAAACAAGCAACAGGAAGCCCUGUGUAAGGUGUUUUCGGAUCAGACUCUCAGAUCGUCUGAUAGCUCCAUUUGGUCCAGAAACAUGUGCUCUUUUCAGAACGCUCACCUUCACAGAGAAAACCUAGAAGUGGAGAAGAAUUGGAAACUCAAGGAAACAGAAAGAUGUAACAAAGUUGAAAGCUCUCGCUUUGAAAAAGGGCAGUCUUUGGUGUGCUUUGAGAAUUAUGAGGAAGACAGUAUUCUCAUUGAUAUGAAAGGGGAUACUGGCUACCAUGGAAGUGAAGUGAGAAAAGUAGGAGAAGACUCUCAAUAUCUUUCAUCAAGAAAUAAAAAGUGUUUAAUACUCAGAAACUAUGAACAAGAACCAGAAAUUGCCUGUACCAUCCCAAGCAAGCUCCAAGAAACCCAGUAUUUAGAGGUAACUCAGGGCCAGGAUGAAGAGGCUAGAAAUGGUAAAAUCGACUCAAAACAUGCUUCAGUGCAUAAAAGUGAAGCAACUGAGCAAAAUCAUGAAGAAUUAGAUGAGUAUCCUGUGCUUAAAAGCUUUUCCAAUAUAGUCUCCGGUGACCCCACUGAAAAGCUCCCAGGAGGUCAUAGCGGCAUGGAGACAAACAUAAAAAUAUCAGUAGCAGAAGCAACCAAACCAGAAAUGAAUGAAAUGGUGCCUCUUAUCUGCAUUACUUUCCCUGGAGAUGGAGACCCCAAGGAACCAGCAAUAGCCAAACCAAGCCUCCAAAAAAGAAAGGGUACUCUUCAUACCAACAACAAUAGCUUCAAUAUACUUGCACACCAAGAAAAUGACAAACAUAAGAUGAAACCCUAUAGAAAUAAGUUGGAUUCAAAGACCAAGAUAAGUAACAGGAUACCUCAGAGUUUCAUGAGCUCCACUGAAGGGUCCGUUAAGCCUACCAUGCAUAAAACCAGCAUAAAAACCCAAGUUUUCCCUGCUUUAGGGCUUAUUGACCCCAGGCCUCAGCAAUCACCCAAGUUUCAAAGGAGAAUACCGCAGAUAGAAAAGAAGCAAUCAACUUACAGCGCUCUAAAGCCAAAACGGCCAUCGUUCCCUUGCAUCUGUAAAAAUCCGGUAAUAAAAAAAUCUUCGGUUCCUUUUUCUGUUCAGCCAACAGAACCGAACCUAAAUUACCUAGAUCUUAAGUAUAGUGACAUGUUCAAAGAAAUCAAUUCGACUGGCAAUGGACCUGGAAUCUAUGAAAUGUUUGGGACCCCUAUUUAUUGUCAUGUAAGAGAGGCUGGACGACAUGAAAACAAAUAUUACCAUGAGAUAUCCUCAGCUCCAUCUGGCAGAUGUAUCACCAACAAGUGUCGAUCCUCACACGGUGAGAGAAGCAGCAAUGGCAGAACCAGACAUUUUCAGAAAAGACCACAUAGUAAACCCCCAAAGACUUCUCUUGGCAUUAAACAAAAGCACAAAAGUUUACAUUCUAAAGAAAAGAGUUGCAAGCCUGUAGCUAGGAAUCUAGAAGGCAGUGAAAAUGAUGAUGGUAUUGCAGAACCAGACUGGCAGGGAAAGUCUUCCGGAAAUGACUUUCUAUCUUUCAAAAAUGACGUUUCGCCCAUGAAAUUGGCUCAGUAUCCUGAGCAGUUGAUUGAACAGAAGGAAUUCCUUCCUGUUUCAGAUUUGUCCAUUGUUGAAGAGGUCUCUCUGGAACAGUCUACCAAUGAAGGAGGUGAUUCUAACAAUCAACUGCUUGCCACCAGCCUCAGAGAUCUGCAUGAACUUGAAGAGCUACAUCACCAGAUUCCAUCAGAAAACAGCCGGGCAAUGCCCAGUGAGAAGAAUUCCAACAAACAUGUAUUGCAAGAAAAGCAGAAUGAAGCAUCUCUCAGCAAUUUAAAGGCCAACCAAAUUCUAACGGACGAUCUAGAAUUUGGUGGUGUUUCAGAUAAGCCUAAAACACUCACAAGCGUCUCUUUCCAUGAGAAACAAGAAAGUGCAACUUCCCAAAGGUAUAAAAAUUGGGCAUAUUCUUUGGAUGAUGAUAGUUUAUCAGAUACAUCAAUUACAUGUCAAAUGCUUGGGAAAGCUUUAAAUGAUGAAAAUUCAAUUUCCCAGGAAAUUCUGAACUCUGUAAAGAAUGAAGAAUUGACAGAUGAACUCUUAUGUUGUCUAGCUGCGGAACUAUUAGCUCUUGAUGAAAAAGACAACUCUUGCCAAAUAAUGGCAGACGAAACAGAUCCUGAAAGUCUAAAUCUUGACUUUAGUAGGAGAGUAAGUACGACACAAGAAUUGGGCAGAGAGGCAACGAAUGUCAAAACACAGAAGUACAGUAAUGGGUUCAGGAUUUAUGACAGGGAGGAGAAAUUUCUCAACUCAAAUGAAAAGAAGACAUUUUCUGAAAAUAGUUUAAAGUAUGGAGAGCCUAUCCUGUGGACCAAGGGUGAGAUCCUUGGGAAGGGAGCCUACGGCACAGUAUACUGCGGUCUUACUAGCCAGGGCCAGCUAAUAGCUGUAAAACAGGUGGCUUUGGAUACCUCUGAUAAAUUAUCUACUGAAAAAGAAUACCGAAAACUGCAGGAAGAAGUAGAUUUGCUCAAAGUACUGAAACAUGUCAACAUUGUGGCCUAUUUGGGGACAUGUUUAGAAGAGAACAUAGUAAGCAUUUUCAUGGAGUUUGUUCCCGGCGGUUCAAUCUCUAGUAUUAUAAAUCGUUUUGGGCCAUUGCCUGAGAUGGUGUUCUGUAAAUAUACAAAACAAAUCCUGCAGGGGGUUGCUUAUCUCCAUGAGAACUGUGUGGUGCAUCGAGAUAUCAAAGGAAAUAAUGUCAUGCUCAUGCCAACCGGAAUAAUAAAGCUGAUUGACUUUGGCUGUGCCAAGCGUUUGGCCUGGGCCGGCUUAAAUGGCACUCACAGUGACAUGCUCAAGUCCAUGCAUGGGACUCCAUAUUGGAUGGCCCCGGAAGUCAUCAACGAGUCUGGCUAUGGAAGGAAGUCAGACAUCUGGAGCAUUGGCUGCACCGUGUUUGAGAUGGCCACAGGGAAGCCUCCGCUGGCCUCCAUGGACAGGAUGGCGGCCAUGUUUUACAUCGGAGCGCACCGAGGGCUAAUGCCGCCUCUGCCAGACCACUUCUCAGAGCACGCUGCAGACUUCGUGCGUGUGUGCCUCACCAGGGACCAGCGUGAGCGGCCUUCUGCUCUCCAGCUCCUGAAGCACUCCUUCUUGAAGAGAAGUCACUGAACACGCAUCAAUACUUUCUUCCCUGUUCCACUAU